AAGUUGCUAGGAAGGUCACCUUUUCAUCUGGGACCAUGUCAUCAUAUGCAGUCAUGAAUGAGAACUGGAUGAUCCUUGGAUGGGUGAUGGUGCAGUCUGAGACAGAAAAGUCACUGAAGCCCAUGUAUGAAGGGAUUGCUGCGCAGCAUUUAAGGUUGCAGAAUCUUACACAGGAGAGCAUAUGAACUAGGAUGCUUGGACAACUACUAAUGGCAUUGUUGCUGCUGCCACUACUGGUGACCUGCUGAACACCUGUGCAUCAAGAUCCCACUACAAUGGAAACAUAAUUAUCAAGCUGGACUUGUUCCACUGUUUGAGACGGUUCCUCCGUGAGUGUGUGUCAGAGCAUCAUCCCCUGUACAGUUCCUUUGCUCAGUUCCUGUCGGCAGCCUUUUCAGUGGUGGAUCAGGAAGACCUGCAGAGGCUUAAAGAGGCAUAUGCCUUCUGUGGCGUUCAGCCUGCCAACCCAACAAAGGCACACAUUCAUGAGCACUGUAGGACCAGAAUUCCACAGCCUGAGGAGCUCGUCAAGAGAGUUGAGGGAGUUUUCCAGCACUUUUACCUCGCAACUGAUCCAAACGGCGUUCCUCUCUUCAAGCCCUCUAUGCUGAAGACAUGGCGCAUUCAGCGCAUACACAUCUUGCGCGGGUACUGAGUGAUCCUGAGGUUGAAGGUGGGAUCUUGUACAGGCACGGAGGAACACUGCAGCUAAACCACGUGCAGGGGGAAGGUACUAAAGUUCCUGUGUGGAUCCCCAUCAGAGGCACUUCACAGCAAGAGGGAUACCAUUUCCAUCAGGCUCAGUGGGUCACUGGUACACGCGUCUCCACAGAGCCGUUCCAAGCCCAGGGGAUGACAGGGGUGGCACGGCGGAAUUAUCAGCGCCUGGCGGACUUGAAACAGCCAGAUGUUCACCUCCCAACUGUCUUUGAUCCAGCUUUAAUGGCAGAACUAAAUGCAGUCUCUGAAAGAGUGCUGGGGCAUGUGAAGUAUGCGGCUUUUCAUUUCACUGGCAGAGACACUGGAGAGAAGUUUGGCUUGGAAUAUGUUGAGCCUAGUUGCCGCCCAGUUCCUCUAGACUGGGAUAAGCACAGGAGCAAGACAGACUUAACCCCUGCCCUAAAUCCCCCUCCUCAAAGCAGCCCACCCACUGCCCAGGCUGAGCUUCCUCAGUCAUCUUCCAGCUCACCAGCCAAGCUCUUUCAGUUUGCUGCAUGCCCUCCUGCUGUUAAACCAGAUGUGACUCCAAGUUCAACUCCUGAGCCUCAGACAGAGCCAGAAACCAGAAGUCCGCUGCCUCUCCCCUUGCUUUCCUCACCAUCUGGUGCUCGCACUGGACCUGUGAAGAUACGUGGGAGGGUGUUUGUGUUGGACCACAAGCGCUGGCCAACCCCUAUGAAAAAGGCUAUUGAUGACCUGCUUAAUAAACACCAUGGCCAGAAGGACAUGCUCAAGCUUGUAGACCAGGACUAUGCUGGUCUAGUUCACAACUCCUGUAAAGACCCAAACAGGAUGCUCCACCCAACAACCAAACUACAUAUUGCACAGUAUUUAAAGCACCUCAGCAAACUGUUAAACACCAGCUCCUCUUUAAACACCAGCCCGGAGAAACUCUGGCACUCUCUGACCAAGGGGAGUACGACUACCAGUGUGCCAGUUGUUACCACGCCUGCUGCAGUUGUUAAUCCACCACCACCAGUGCAGACCCUGGCCACACCUCUAACUCAAGACUCUAUUGAGAAAAUAGUAAAAAGCAUAAUGGACAAGCAGCAGCAACAACAGCUGGAACAAAAAAAGGCACAGACAAAAACAUGUCUUUCCUGUGGCCAGCCAAAGUCGAGGUAUGAGAAUGAUGGUUCUUCCAUCCACUUCUUUUACCAGCAAGGCCCUGUCAGGUAUGUCUACUGCUCCACUAAGGCUUUUAAAGCCUAUGGUGCUGAAGGUCUGAAAAAAACCCAAAUGCCCUUUAAUGACUUUUCACGGACAGUGUUCUUUCAGCAAGAAAAAGGUGGAGGACAGAGGACAGCAAAAGAGGAAAAGGACCACCACAGAGGAGGUCGCAAGUGUCGGUGUUGCAGAAUGGAACUGAAGCAGGGCCCAAACAGUCCUCAUAUUCACACUGGAUUCCCUGGAGUAGCAAGGAAGUACAUUUACUGCCCUGCUAAAGUCUUUUCUAUUUACAAAGACCAGGGCAUGGAGAAGGAGAUGACCUGGAAAGAGUUCCAGGAGUCUGCCUUUUAUAAGUCAGAAAAACUGCGGUGGGAGGUCGAAAAGGGAAAAUGA